AUGGUUUAUCCAUUUGAGCAGACAAAGAAGGGAUACAUUUGCCAUUUUUGUUGGUUAUGUUAUAGGGCUGCUACAAAUUACACUAGUGGUAGGAAAUCUCUUCGAACAAUAUUGCUUUGUCACAGAUAUUUCUUCUCGGGACGUCCAUUCGUUUUUCAGGUUUUUAAAUAUUGGAGUACUGUUUUCAAGUUUGAGUUUAAAUAUUAUUUUUUAAAAUAA